UUUUGAAGCUUUUGAAUUCUCUUCGAGUUGGCAUGUGGAAGUAGAUUUUGGGUCGAGUGGUACUUUCUAUAUGUUUCAGGUUGAGUGCUUUUCCAAAUGACAGGACAUAGGAAGCAAUUUGGUGCACGUUACUUGAAUGACGAGUCGGAAGUAUUUAAGCACAAUGCGUGGGAUAAUGUGGAAUGGAAAUUGGAACAAGAAGAAGAAGCACGUAAUCAGAUAGCUAUUCAAAAAGAGUCACCUGUUGCAUCCCAGGAAGCUGAAUAUCUGUUACAGAAUCCUGCUGAACAGUGGAACACAUUCUACCAUAUACACAGGGACAAGUUUUUUAUGGACCGUAAUUGGCUACUAACCGAGUUUCCAGAAUUGAAUGUUGAAUGUCGAGGAUCGGAUGAUCCACUUCAUGUUUUGGAUGUUGGAUGUGGUGUCGGCAAUGCCACUAUACCAUUGCUGCAAGCAUCUGAGCGAUCUGGAAAAAUGUUUGUUUACGCCUGCGAUUAUUCACAGCAGGCUGUGGAUAUUUUGAGGCAGGAGACGGUACAGUGGUGCGACAGGUGUAAACCGUUUGUAUGGGAUAUUACAGGACAGAUAACGGAAGUUGUACCUUCGGGUUCCCUCGACAUACUUCUUUGUAUUUAUGUACUCUCGGCAAUUCCGCCAAAAAGACAGCAGCAGGCAGUUGACAACUUAGUCAGUUUACUGAAACCAGGUGGUAUUUUACUGUUGAAAGAUUACGCACAGCUUGAUAUGACGCAAUUGAGGUUCAAGAAGAAUCGUUUGAUAGAUGAGAAUUUUUAUCGUCGCGGUGAUGGAACCCUGGUUUAUUUCUUCGGUCAAGAUGAACUGGAUAGGUUGUUUACUGAAGUCGGUUUAGAAAAAGAAACUAAUGUUUUGGAUCGACGGUUAAUAGUAAAUAGAGCUAAACGAAUGAAAAUGUACCGCAUGUGGGUGCAAUGUAAAUAUAUCAAAAGUGCUUUAUUAUGAUUUGAUUUGUGUAAUAAAUAAAAUAUAAAUAUGUUC